AUGGAGUCACGUAACCAAAUGGGCAAAGAGCCCUUUCGUCGAGCCGUCCCUGCUGAUCAGCAUACCGCCCAUCGAGUGUCCACGGUUUCUGCGGUGAGCGAUGCCGGUCCCGUCUAUUACGAUGAUUCUUCGGAAAUCCAUCAUCUGCGGGCCCGAGCCUCGCUUGUUUCUAUACAAUCUGACCAAGAUGCAUCAAAUACCGCAGCUUAUGAUGCUACCAGUGGCCAAACUUAUGCGCCAGCUUCUACUUGGGCUGGCUCGUUCGGCUACAGUGGUGGAUAUGCACCGGUGUCGGCUGUAUCGGGAGCUCCUCCUGCGAGAAUGCACUCCUUCGGUAGUCGCAAGCCUAGCUAUACGGCCAUGAGAAGUCAAAAUAUGCCGGAAAGUAUACAAGAGGAAGAAUAUGAUCUGUCCCUGCUUCAGUCUGCAGCGCCAAUGGGUGUUGGCCUACAUUAUGGUGUUAUUCCAGAGAACGAAGAGAUAUCUCCGCCGCCUGCCGUAGACAUCACAUCCGCCAUGGGGCCGAUGACUACUCACGAUACUGAAUUUAUCAAAAGCUUGCAGGAGCAAGAAGCUAAGGGGACUCUUACUGGUGGCCUAGGUCGGGGUAUUCUCCCGGACUCUACACUUCGGGACACUGAGCUUCUUUCAAGUCCAACGUCAAUCAAGCGGAGCCUCACCAGGUCAUUCACACGGCGGAAGUCAACAAAGCCGCUGACAAGGAAAGAGACUAUCCAGUUCAAGGGUCAGGAUGAGGCUAAUCGACGAGGAGAGGUGAUUGAAGUUGUCCUUGACAACGCACCUACAGAUCUCAGCAAUUUCGAAGGGUCGAACAUGCUUUGGGAUCCGCAAAGCCGGCGAGGUACAUUCGCCAGUAAAGAAGAACAGACCCAAGUAUUUUAUCCUCAGCCGAAUUGGAAACCAUGGUCAAUGCGAUGGCCGUAUCUCGUCAUGAUGAUCCUCCUUUCCAUAGCCCUGGCCGCCAUGCAGGAGAUUCUCUUUCGGAAGUAUAGAAAGGAACCUCUUUUACAAUUUCAAAAGCCAACCGACGUCAAACCCGGCCUGUACUUUGCAGUGAAAUUUGCUCCCACACUGUCUGCCGUCGUCUACGGUGUAUUGUGGCAAUUUAUUGAUUUUGAAGUCAGACGUCUGGAAGCAUAUUAUCAAUUAUCUAAACAUGGGGGCGCGUUGGCAGCAGAAUCUAUUAAUGUAGAUUAUGUCACCAGUUUCAACUUUUUUCGACCUUUUCGAGCACUAAGGCUAGGUCACUAUGCAGUGGCCUUGUCAUCGAUAGCAACGACGCUUGCGAUUUCCCUCGUUCCGACAUUUGCUUCUGCUUCCGUAAUUCUCUCUCCAAGUCGGGAGGAACGAAUGAGUCAUCCGAACGGUGACAAGUUCUUACAUUUUUCGCCGGCGUGGUCACGACUUUUGACUUCAACACUCGCCGUGUGUUCUGCAGCAGGCGUUGGUCUGUUGUUUCUACUGCAAAGUAGACGCACCGGGCUACUAUCUGAUGUGCAAGGCAUUGCCGGAUUGGCAUCCAUGGCCGUCGUGAGUCACAUAUUGAUGGAUUUUAAGGAUAUGGACACUGCCAAGCAUAAGGAUAUUCACCAAAAGCUGAAGCAUAAUCGAUACAUGUUGCGGAAUUCAUCAUUGGCACCUGACAAUGAGAACCCAGCGACAUCUCAAGAGAGAGACAGGUAUGAGGAUGUGCACCUGUCAGAAAACCCCCAUCCUUUGAUGUUACGAUUGAGCGGGUUUGUUCCUUUUGUCAUAACGCUCUUGGGCUUCAUGGGCUUCAUUCCAGCUUUCCUAUUUACUGAAGCGGAUGUUGUCACUGACAAAGCACCAUGGUUCGUGACUGCCAUAGCAGUCUGCCUUAAAAUGAGCUGGAAUGCACUAGAGACUGCAGUUCGAAUGAUGGAACCUUAUUACAUCCUUUCCAAGCGUCAUGCGCCGUCAGUCAUCUUGACGCUGGACUACACUGCAAUGCCGUUCGGUUACCUCCCCAUCAAGGCACUCUUUAACGGCCACUCGCUCAUGUUUUUUGUCGGGUUCGGCAGCGUCAUUGCCGAGUUCUUGACGAUUCUCGUGACGGGUCUAGCCACAGUGGACGGCAAGGACUUCCUACUCAAUGGUGACGGUGACGUUGAUAAGGACCGGGGCAAGCUCAUCAACUCUGGUCAAGAGACGAUUCUUUCGUUUUAUAUCUCUUUUGGCAUCGCCAUGUUUAUUCUCUUAUACAUGAGCGUCGUAUCAUUUGUGGUCUUCUUCCGGCGACGGCACCCAUUUUUACCGCGGCAACCCAACACAAUCUCGUCUGUGCUGGCAUUCAUUCAUCAAAGCAAAAUGCUAUAUGAUUUUGUGGGUACCGAGAAGUUGAGCAAUGCCGAGAUGGCGAAGAAGCUGGAAGAUGGCAAAACAUAUGGCCUUGGAUGGUUCCAGGGUCGCGAUGGCCAAAUACACUGUGGGAUAGAUCAGGAGGAGCUUACAAGUCCCUACAAGCAUGGUGUUGAUUACAAGCAGAGAAAUCAGCCAUGGAAUACCCAGUGGGAUAUGUUGUGA